UCUUCGAUUUCGAUACAAACUAAGUAGUAAGCACCGCGCAGGUGCAGCCCUGAGCCUCCCUGUUCCGCUCCCUUAAAACCCUUUUCCUUGCGCCAAACUUUGCGGCGAUUUUCCCAACCACCAAACACUGCCUUAAAAUCUCUCGAAAACUCUCAUCCUUUGUUGCCUUCUCUCUCGCAUUCCCCGCCGCCGCCGCUGCCUCUCUCAUUUCCUCGCCGGCACUCUCUCCCUCUCUUCCCAAUGGCUCAGCUGGUUGCCACCAGAUUCAUCCAGAGCCCGCUGUUGAGUCCCGGCCGCCGAUCCGCACAAGGCUGGACGGAGAAGCUCAAGCCUCCGAGCUUCGGUUUGGAUUUGCUGGCACGUGACCAGAAGAAGAGCCAAAGAAUCGCGUUUAGGAGCACUCGAGUUACUGCUAAGAGAUCUGCGCGUGCCGAGCCUGAAGUUGUUCCAGUGUCGCCUGAGGAUGUCCCUAAGAGGGUGGAGCAGUAUCAGCCUUUAGGAGGGACUCAGCAAUUAGAUGAUACACCAGUGGGUAUGUGGUCGAAGCCUAUAGUUAGACGUAAGACAAAGAUUGUUUGCACCAUUGGUCCUUCAACCAAUACCCGAGAAAUGAUAUGGAAAUUGGCUGAGGCUGGAAUGAACGUUGCCCGUCUAAAUAUGUCGCAUGGAGACCAUGCUUCUCAUCAGAAAGUUAUUGAUUUAGUUAAAGAAUAUAAUGCACAAUCCAAUGACAACACUAUCGCAAUCAUGCUUGACACCAAGGGCCCUGAGGUUAGGAGUGGGGACUUGCCACAACCAAUUACAUUAACAAGUGGACAGGAAUUUACUUUUACAAUUCGGCGAGGGGUUGGAACUGCUGAUUGUGUCAGUGUUAACUAUGAUGAUUUCGUUAAUGAUGUGGAAGUGGGUGAUAUGCUUCUGGUCGAUGGGGGUAUGAUGUCAUUGGUGGUGAAGUUCAAGACAGAAGAUUCAGUCAAGUGUGAAGUAGUUGAUGGUGGCGAGCUGAAGUCUAGGCGACAUUUAAAUGUUAGAGGGAAAAGUGCCACCCUGCCUUCUAUCACAGAGAAGGACUGGGAUGAUAUCAAAUUUGGAGUGGACAAUAAAGUUGAUUUCUAUGCUGUUUCUUUUGUUAAAGAUGCAGAGGUGGUCCACGAGUUGAAGAGUUAUCUGCAGAGUUGCAAUGCAGAUAUACAUGUCAUUGUUAAAAUUGAAAGUGCAGACUCGAUACCAAAUUUGCAUUCAAUUAUAACUGCAUCUGAUGGGGCAAUGGUGGCAAGAGGAGAUCUUGGUGCAGAGCUUCCCAUUGAGGAGGUUCCUCUUCUGCAGGAAGAGAUAAUCAGAAUAUGUCGUAGCAUGGGAAAAGCUGUUAUUGUGGCCACCAACAUGCUUGAAAGUAUGAUUGUCCAUCCAACGCCAACUAGAGCAGAGGUAUCGGACAUUGCCAUUGCUGUUCGAGAGGGUGCUGAUGCGGUAAUGCUUUCUGGGGAAACUGCUCAUGGAAAAUUCCCACUGAAAGCUGUUAAAGUGAUGCACACAGUUGCCUUACGAACUGAAGCAACCAUAGUUGGUGGCCAAAUGCCUCCUAAUCUUGGAAAAGUGUUUAAGAACCAUAUGAGUGAGAUGUUUGCAUACCAUGCAACUAUGAUGUCAAACACUCUUGGAAUCUCAACUGUGGUCUUCACUAAAACCGGUUUCAUGGCCAUAUUACUGAGCCAUUAUCGCCCUUCUGGCACCAUUUUUGCCUUCACAAAUGAGAAGAGGAUACAACAGAGACUGGCUUUAUAUCAAGGAGUUUGUCCCAUAUUCUUAGAGUUCUCAGAUGAUGCUGAACACACAUUUGCAAAUGCUUUAGCUUUGCUGAAGAAGCAAGGGAUGGUGAAGGAGGGAGAAGAAGUGGCACUUGUUCAGAGUGGCAGACAACCCAUCUGGCGCUUCCAAUCCACUCAUAAUAUCCAAGUCCGCAAAGUAUAAGCGGACAAAAGGCAGAAGUCUGGUCAUCCUCGCGCUAGGAUAAUUUCAAAGGUUCACGAAAAGAUUAUUAAGAACAGUUUGGGCUUCCCCUAUGAGACUGAGGGUUCAAACUGUAGUUUGCUGCUUAUUAUCUAAGCUUGUGUCUUAUUUUUGUAGGCUUCCUUUUCAUUAUUCCUUGAAGAUUUUCCCAAGAUAAUACGUCUACUUACGGUUUCCUUGUGUUUUUCCGUAAGAAAAGUUCAUUGUGUAAUUUUUGGUUAUUAUAUCAUUGGCAAUGUUAUAAUAAUAAUAUUACAUAAAA